AUGCAAAAAAGGAAUAAAAUCAAACUUCAUUUUUCCAAUGGCGAUGAUGUUAAUGACAAUUCUGAGAACACAGAUUUGUUGCCUAAAUUUGGAGCUUCAAAGGUAAAACCAAGCUUUCUAGAGCAUGAUGAUGAAGACGACGACGACGACGAAGGCGAUUAUGAAGAUAAGUUAUCACCUAUUAUCUUUAAAAAAAACAAGAAUAAGAUUUCCUUUAAUGAUCAAUCCUCUAGUUCUGAACCGGUUGUUCGAACGCAAUAUAGUGGUAUCUUCAAUCAAAGAAAGAGAAUCCCUGAGAAUAAUGGUGAAAGGAAGGUAGAACAAGAUAUUCGUAUUUUGAAUCUUGAAGAUAUGUCUGACGAAGAAGAAGAAGUAGAACUUUCAGACGAUGAGGAUGAUAAUAAUCCUGAUAUUUUGAAUAAGUCACGGAUUGAAGAGAUCAAAAAACAAAGAGAAAAAAAUCGUCGAAUGUAUGGAUCAUUUAAUUCAAAUGGCAAACUUAAAGAGAAAGAGUACGUCAAGUUAUUGGAUAAAGAUGAUAAAUUAGAAUUGAUGGAUAUGAUUAAGAAGAAUGGUGGUGUUCAGAAAAGGAAUGAGAAAGAUAUGUUAGAUGAUGGUUUUGCAAUGCAUGAGUUUGAAGAUGAACAAUUAGGUUUAACAGAGAAAGAGUUACAAUUACAAAAGGAUAAGAAAAGAGAGAAUAUACGGCGUGCUUUAGGUACAGAAUCUGGUUCAGAUUCGAAUGGUGAAAAUUGGGAGACAAAUAUAGUCAGUAAAGUUGUUGGCGGUGAUAUUCUUAAAGAUACAUAUGCUAUGCAAUUACCGAUACUAUUACGUGAUAAUGAAUUUGAAGAAGACAGUUUAUCAUCAGAGCUUUUCAAAACUAAGUUAGAGACGAAAAAGGUUCGUUUACAAUUAACUGGAAUGAAAAAAGAAAAAGAGUCGCUUGAUAAUAAACGUGAUAUUUUAUUGUCAAAAUUGAAUGAUUUGGUAACUGGAUUAGAAUGA